GUUUGUAUGUUGUGAAAUGGAGAGAGAGAGAUAAAGUGAGAAACAAUAAUAACGCUCCGUGGCUAGUUUAGUAAGAUCACGUCCCCAAUUCCGCUGUACUUCAGCCAUUUUUGUGGACGCGCCCAAUACAAAAACAGAACAAACCAUCAUCAUCUUCCUCCUAACCCAAAAAUCGCAGCAAACAAAGCCUUAAAAAAACAAACAAAACUAAAAAAAUAAAGAUACUUUCUCUCUCUACCUUACCUCUUUGCUAACCCAGUUUCAAUUGAGGGUUAUUCUUCAUUCUCAAACCCUAACUUGCUUCAUCAUUUUCAUACUACAAAAUAGGUGAAACCUUAACAGGUUUCUAUAAUUCUAAAUCUCAAUCCACAUCUGAUCGGUAUUUAGUAUUUGCCCAACAAACGUUGUUGAUCUUCUCUUGGGGAGUCAUUUUCACCGUUUGAUUUGAAGAUUAGUGGCUCUAUUUAUUCAAUUUCGGACAAUUUCUUUUAAUUCGAUCGAAGCAUAUCGAUUGAAAGUUGAAUUUGGGAUUUGGGUUUUUGAUUUGAGUUGGAAUCGGUGGGUUAGAAGAUGAAUAAUAAUCAGAAGAAGAGGAAUUUUCAAAUAGAGGCGUUCAAGCAUAAGGUGGUGGUCGAUCCCAAAUACGCCGACAAGACAUGGAAGAUAUUGGAGCACGCGAUUCAUGAGAUAUACAAUCACAACGCUAGUGGUCUCAGUUUUGAAGAGCUUUAUAGAAAUGCCUACAAUAUGGUAUUGCACAAGUUUGGUGAGAAGCUGUACUCAGGACUUGUGUCAACUAUGACUUUCCAUCUAAAGGAGAUAUCAAAAUCUAUCGAGUCUGCUGAGGGUAGUUUGUUUCUGGAAGAGUUGAACAGGAAAUGGACAGAUCAUAAUAAAGCAUUGCAGAUGAUACGUGACAUUCUGAUGUACAUGGACAGGACUUUCAUUCCAAGUGCCCAGAAAACCCCAGUUCAUGAUCUUGGGUUGAAUCUUUGGAGGGACAACAUUAUACACUCCAGCAAAAUUCAGACAAGGCUUCUAAAUACACUUCUUGAACUGAUACUCAGAGAAAGGACAGGUGAAGUUAUUAACCGGGGUCUGAUGAGGAAUAUAAUUAAGAUGCUAAUGGAUCUGGGACCUUCCGUUUACCAAGUAGACUUUGAGAAACCUUUUCUUGAAGUUUCGGCUGAUUUUUACAGGGUUGAGUCUCAGAAGUUCAUAGAGUGCUGUGAUUGUGGGGACUACUUAAGGAAAGCUGAGAGACGCCUAAAUGAAGAAAUAGAGAGAGUGUCCCAGUACUUGGAUGCCAACAGUGAAUCCAAGAUAACUAAUGUUGUGGAAAAGGAGAUGAUUGCAAACCACAUGCUGAGACUAGUCCACAUGGAUAAUUCAGGCUUGGUGAGCAUGCUCCUUGAUGAUAAGUAUGAAGACUUGGGAAGAAUGUACAACUUGUUCCGGCGGGUUCCCAAUGGUCUCCCAACAGUGCGAGAUGUGAUGACUUCUCACAUCAGGGAGACUGGUAAACAGCUUGUUACUGAUCCAGAAAGGUUAAAGGAUCCUGUGGAUUUUGUCCAGUGUCUCUUGGAUGAAAAAGACAAGUACGAUAAGAUCAUAAAUUUGGCAUUUAACAACGACAAGACAUUCCAGAAUGCAUUGAACUCCUCUUUUGAAUUCUUUAUUAAUUUGAAUUCUCGUUCUCCUGAAUUCAUUUCAUUGUUUGUUGAUGACAAACUGCGUAAAGGUCUGAAGGGAGUUAGUGAGGAGGAUGUGGAGGUUGUUCUUGACAAGGUGAUGAUGCUAUUCCGUUAUUUGCAAGAAAAGGAUGUAUUUGAGAAGUACUAUAAACAACAUUUGGCAAAGCGGCUUCUAUCAGGAAAAACUGUAUCUGAUGAUGCAGAGAGAAGUUUAAUUGUUAAGCUCAAGACAGAAUGUGGAUACCAGUUUACUUCAAAAUUAGAAGGCAUGUUCACGGACAUGAAAACCUCGCAUGAUACAAUGCAGGGAUUCUAUGCAAACGAUGGUGCUGAGUUAGGGGACGGUCCUACAUUGGCAGUCCAGGUUUUGACAACUGGGUCUUGGCCCACUCAGCCCAGUGUCACUUGCAACUUGCCUGCUGAAAUGUCGGCCCUGUGUGAGAAAUUCCGGUCGUAUUAUCUUGGGACCCAUACAGGUCGGAGACUAUCUUGGCAAACUAACAUGGGCACGGCUGAUAUAAAAGCAACCUUUGGAAAGGGCCAGAAGCAUGAGCUGAAUGUUUCGACAUACCAGAUGUGUGUCCUCAUGCUGUUUAACAAUGCUGACCGGCUUAGCUAUAAGGAAAUUGAGCAGGCCACAGAGAUUCCUUCUUCAGACUUGAAAAGGUGCUUGCAAUCUCUGGCUUGUGUAAAGGGAAAGAACGUUCUUCGCAAAGAUCCCAUGAGCAAAGAAAUUGGAGAGGAGGAUGCAUUUUUUGUCAAUGACAAGUUUACAAGCAAAUUCUAUAAGGUGAAGAUAGGAACUGUAGUUGCACAAAAGGAGACAGAACCCGAAAAGCAGGAGACCCGGCAGAGAGUGGAGGAGGACAGAAAGCCCCAGAUUGAGGCUGCAAUAGUGAGGAUUAUGAAAUCGAGGAGGGUACUGGAUCAUAACAACAUUAUCACCGAGGUCACAAAGCAGCUGCAGUCUCGUUUCCUGGCCAACCCCGGAGAGAUUAAGAAACGAAUUGAGUCUCUUAUCGAGCGGGAUUUCUUGGAGCGAGAUAUGGCAGAUAGACGAUUGUACCGAUAUCUUGCCUGAAGAAACAGCUUGGGUAGAACUACUUGUUUCGCGGGGCAGGUUGGUUCUACAAUUUGGAUUGUACCUUAAUUUGUAAUUGACAGUUAGAAAGUUGUUCUUUCAUAUUCUGCAAGCUCAUAUGAGUUUCAAUGAAUUUCUGUUUAUUGAUGCUCCUUUUGCGCACCA